AUGAAGCGUAUUGUGAGGAUUUCAUUCACCGACGCAGAAGCCACCGAUUCUUCCAGCGACGAAGAGCGUGGUGAAGCAACCCAGACUCGCCGCCGUGGGAAACGUCUCGUCAGAGAGAUCGUAAUCGACCCUCCCGAUUCCGCCCAUGCCUGCAAGACGCGGUUCAAAAUCAGGAUUCCGGCGGAGUUUCUCAAGGCGGCGACGGCGACGACUGGGAAGAAAAAAUUCCGUGGAGUGAGGCAGAGACCGUGGGGGAAAUGGGCGGCUGAGAUCAGAUGCGGUCGAGCUUUCAAAGGACGUCGUCUGUGGCUUGGAACUUUCAACACCGCCGAAGAAGCAGCGAUUGCUUACGACAACGCCGCCAUUCAGCUGAUUGGACCUCAUGCACCUACCAAUUUCGGUUUCCCGGCGGAGAAUCAAGAGGUUAAGACGGUGGCCGGUGAAUCAGCCGUUGCUCGAGGCGCGUGA